AUGUCCGCGGAACAACUAUUCGACAGUUUGCUGGAAGUACGCAUCGAUAUCGUGGAUAGUCAGAGAAAUCCGGCAAUCACCGACAACUACCUCGAGCACCCAUUCGCCUCGCGAGACUUUGCAAAAUUGAAGAACAAGCGCAAGCAACCACGAGCAGCCACGGCAGAUACCUCCGACCUGCACUUCAGACCGAAAGCCAACCUCCUUCCAGUGCCCGAAAAUAACAACAGCAACAACAACAACAAAGAAAGCAGCGAGGGUGAGCACGAGGACAAAGACCCGACACCAAGCCUCCCAGAAGCCGAGGAUCGGUCAGAACAACCAGCAAGCCGCGGAAGCCCAGGGGGUACACAAGAUCAAGGCGAGCCAGAAUCCCACCAUUCGUCACCACGCGCCUCGCAUUCGCUCUCGCGACAGGAUAAGGCCCGGCCAGUGGACAAAUCUUCAACCCGACAGAGGGAAGCAAGCGAAAUUGAUCCCACACCACAAGGCGACAUACCACGGACCAUCAUCGCAGACCACCCGUCGCGAAUUUUGUCGAUAUCCCCCGGAGUUCCAAGAGGGGGGCGUUUCGAUAGCUUGGUUCGAAAUUCGGCAGACUUCGAAGAGAGUCUUGCUGAAUUCAAUUGGGUUCCCCCGUCACGAGAAGACACCCCGGACAGCGGCGUCAACGUUCCCAUUGCAGAUACCGCGUCGGAAGACUCGGAGCAAUUUUUCGACUCGUUCUCAGAUCCGAUGCAGGCCGACGCAAUGACACCCCUACGCGAAGGCAAAGUCCGACAAGCCAGACGCCAAGCGAUGGCCCAAAGCAAUACCAACGCGCAGGACAUUCUGUCUCAGGCAACAGACAUGUUGAAAGACGUCACGAAUCAGGAAAGGGUGGAUGGUUAUUACGAGGAGCUCGUUCAGAAUGACAAGGAAGAGGCUGAGGCCACCUUGACCCAACUGCGCCAAGACUACAUCAAUCGUCUCGAUCGCAUACAGAGGCUCCCUUCAUUGCAACUUGUUGGCGAUGAACCACCCUAG